CCAGGGCCAGCCUCCCGACCCACCCAAGCAGAGCCGGGUGACAAUAAGGUUAGCCUGCUGAGCUACGCAGCAGCCACAGAAAAACAGGAAAGCACCACAGGCUAGAUCUGUGGCUAGGAGACAGAGACGCUUGGGAACGGCCCUCUGCAGAGAUGACAGGAGAUAUGGAAAGCCCAAGACGCCAUGAGAAGUCCAACCAGGAGGGACACAUCUGGGGCUCCAUGAGGAGGACGGCUCUCAUCCUGGGCUCUGGGCUGCUCUUGUCUGUAGCCUUCUGGAACUCAGUCACAUGGCAUCUUCAGAGAUUUUGGGGUGCUUCUGGCUACUUUUGGCAGACCCAGUGGGAGAAACUGCUGUCCACAUUUGAAGGCAACGAGUGGAUCUUAUUCUUUAUAGGGGCUGCCCUCGUUCCUGCACUGUGCUUCUGGGGCUUCAAUGGCCUUCUACUGGUGGUGGACACAACAGGAAAACCCACCUUCAUCUCCCGCUACCGCAUCCAACUGGGCAAGAAUGAGCCGGUGGACCCCGUGAAGUUGCGUCAAUCUAUCCGCACAGUUCUUUUCAACCAGACUAUGAUUUCUCUUCCCAUGCUGGUCAUCUUCUAUCCUUUCUUCAAGUGGAGGCGAGACCCUUGCUGCCAAGAGCUGCCCACCUUCCACUGGUUCCUCGUGGAGUUGGCCUUUUUCACCCUCGUGGAGGAAAUCCUGUUCUACUACUCACACCGGCUCCUUCACCACCCAACAUUGUACAAGAAAAUUCAUAAGAAACAUCACGAAUGGACAGCACCCAUUGGUGUGAUCUCAAUCUAUGCCCAUCCUAUAGAACACGUGGUUUCCAACAUGCUGCCAGUUAUGGUGGGUCCUCUAGCAAUGGGCUCUCAUCUGUCCUCCAUCACUGUGUGGUUGUCCCUUGCUCUCAUCAUCACCACUAUCUCGCACUGUGGUUACCAUCUGCCCUUCCUGCCUUCACCUGAGUUCCAUGACUACCACCAUCUCAAGUUCAACCAGUGCUAUGGGGUGCUGGGAGUGCUGGAUCACCUGCACGGGACUGACAUCAUUUUUAAGCAGACCAAGGCCUAUGAGAGACAUGUCCUCCUGCUGGGCUUCACCCCACUUUCAGAGAGUAUCCCUGAUCCUCCCAAGAAGAUGGAGAGUUCGCUUGAGCCAUCUCAACUGUUCCCUCACAAGUAGAAGGUGUGGAGACUGCCUGGGGACCUUGUUGCCCUUAACAACUUGCCUCCUUUGGCUACCAUAAUCUAAGGACUGUACCAUUAGGGUACAGGAAAAAUACAAGCUUCCUGCCAGGACAGGGUCAUGAAAGGCUGAAUCUGAGCUUCCCUCCCAAACUCCUUCUCAUGUUACCUAGGGCCCAGGAAUUGAUUUAGGAGAAAAAAAAAAAAAAAGAAAAAAAAAACCAA